AUGGUCAAAUAUGGUACUUAUUCUGGUACCUUAACUUUAAACCAGAAUGAAAGUCAAAGGAGUAGCGAGAAGAACAAUAAUGAUAAUAUUCCACAACAUCCUGAUGAACUAAAUCAAGAAGAGGCUACCAAUCUUAUACCGGACAAGUAUAUAUCACAACUACAGCCACACACUAUUCUUCUGAAAGAUGGAGAAACAGUAGCAACGAUGUAUCCUAUACCUGCAUAUUCAGAAUGUUUACCCUAUGAAUUAUUGACAUUUCUAUUAGAUGAAUUCAAUAUGGAAAUUGAAAAAGGUGAUAGUUUCCCCUAUUACGAAACAUUAACUUUGGAAGAAUUUAAAGAAGUUUGGUUCCAUAAGGGUGCAUAUAUAUGUGUGAUGGUUCUGGGUGAGAUACCUGAGUUAGAUUAUGGUAUAGAAAAUGAUCUAUCUGUUCUAGAGAAUAAUUAUGGAACAGAUAUUGAUACAAUGAGGCAAACUUCUCAGUAUAAAGUACGAAAACAGACAAGAAAUUUGAACUUGAAUAUACAAUGGGAAAAACAAUGUUUAGGAAUAUUUGCAUUACAACCUGCAUAUCCUGGUAGAUCAUCACAUGUAGUUACGGGAACAUUUUUAGUUAAUGCUGGGAUUCGUGGUAAAGGAAUUGGGAAGACCCUAGUAGAGACAUUUGUUGAAUGGGCUCAGAGGUUGGGGUACACCUCAUCAUGUUUCCCAUUGAUUUAUGGUACGAAUGUUGGAAUUCGUCGAAUAUUAGAAGGACUGAAUUUUAAAAGAAUUGGGAAACUACCCGAAUCUGCUAUUUUGAAAGGAUUCGAUGUUCCAGUAGAUUCCUUCAUUUAUGGGAAAGAAUUUGCACAUAUUUCCAAAAGCAUCGACUUGUUGAGAGACCCUCAAAGGAGCAUUGAACUUGCGAAAUAUGAACGAUUGAUUUAUUAUUUAGAUACUGGGAAAUACCCAGCACAUUGUGAUAGAAAUGAAAAGGCAAGAUUGCGUGUGACUGGAAAGUCUUAUAGUUUAAUUAAUGGGAAAUUAAUGACGAGAGGUCGUGAAGUUGUAUAUGAUUUAGACAAACAAAGGCAGGUAGCAUUAGAUUUCCACAACGUCGACCAUCAAGGAAUUAAUAAAGUUACUACCAAAAUUGCCGAACAGUAUCAUUGGAAAGGAAUUAAAAACACUGUAUCUGAAGUCAUACAAGAAUGUGCUAAGUGUAAACUAAGGUAUCAAGAUGGGACAGGAGUCAUAGUAACACAGUCAGAACAUGUACCUCAAGCCCGCAUGUUGCCGAAUAAUCAUAUUCCGAUUGAUCCCAGUUUGAGUAUGACUGGCGAACCAAAUGUUCAGUACAGACAUAAUAACGACGAUGAUAAUAACCAUAAUAAUCAACUUUCUCAAAUGGCAGCGGCCGUUGUAGGUUCUUUAACUAGUGCGCAAGAAGAUGAACCUACUCCCCCAGAUCCAGAGGAACUACAAGUUAGGAAAAGUAGUAAUAAUAUAAAUAACACUUCGUUACUUCAGAGACUAAGAUUCGAUGAUAAUAAUAAAACAUAUCAUUCGGUCAAACAAACGGUGAACAGUAAUACGAAUUCACUAAAUUCUUUCAAUCAUUUUGUCACUGAGGAUCAAGAUAGAAGGAAAAGACGAUAUACAAAUGGCGCACCUGACUCUUUAUUAACUGAUGCAAAUAAUAUGGGAAUAACUAACAGUGAAGGGACGAGGGACAUAUUUCAAGAAUCUAGUAAAGGUACUUUCAGAACUAAAAAAAGUAGAAAAAAUACCGAAAAUAAUACCAAUAAUAGGUUACAUGCUCCCACUAACUCCAUUAAUAAUAAUAAUAAUAACAAUAACAACAAUGAAACAUUGGCCGAACUUUUAAAUCCAUCUAAUAAUAACGUUAUGAACCAGGCAAUGUUACACUUUGAAGACAAUGUUAUGGCAGCUAUAGAGAUGGUACAAAAUGAACAAACCUCAAACGCUAAUAACGACAAGAAAAAGGAUGGUGGUGCAACACAUCAAAGUCUUCAUGAUAGUAUUAAUAACAUGGCAGCUAAUAGUUCGAAACCGUCGCAAGGAGGAGAACUGCCGACACCUUUUUAUGAUAUGUUCCACUUUGACGAGUAUAAUGAAGAUGAAGACGAAGAUUAUAAUGAAGAUGUAGACAACCAAAUUGGAGAAGUAGAAGAAGAAGCUGAAGAUGACGACGACGAAGAGGAAAUAGAAGAAACGGAUGUUAUUGAAGAUGUUGACCUUCUAAAGGAACUUGCGAACGACGCAGAAUUGUCAGAAUUGGUUAACCAAGUAGGAUUAAAUAACAAGGCAAAAUGA